AUGACAUCGAGAAGACAUAAGUAUUUUAAUGAAACUGAUUUAAAGAUAUACAUCAUUGGGGAUGAGGACUCUGUAGUGGGAUUCUUACUAGCUGGCAUAGGCUUUCGGGAUGGAUUAGGGAAAAAAAAUUUCUUCAUCGUGAAUUCAAAAACGAGCAAAACCGAAAUUGAGGAAGUGUUCAAGGAAUACACUUCAAAAAACGACUGCGGAGUUAUCCUCAUGAAUCAACAGAUAGCGGACGAAAUAAGGUACCUGGUUGACCUUCACGAUAAGAUCUUACCGACCGUUUUGGAAAUUCCGUCCAAAGACAAACCGUUUGACCCCAACAAAGAUUCCAUCAUACAGAGAGUGAAGCUUUUUUUCGGGGGGGAUUUAUCAAACCUGAAGUGA